CCACAAAAAAUAUUUCUGGUUCGGGUUUUACCCACCCGAUUAGGUCGAAUUCGGGUGGAUAUCCACGGUUACGGAUAUUUUUGCCAUCCCUAGCGGGUGAGGGUUUGGGGGGUGGUGUGGAGGAGGAGGAAGAAGAUAAGAUAUGAUUGGGAGGCGGUCGAUUUAAAAUAAAAAGGGGUGAAGGCGGUGCCACCUCAGUCUUGGGCGCCAACGCCUCGAACUGGGUAUAUUUUUUAAAACCGCGGCCCCGCCUUACGUCAGGUGGCUCCGCGUCCAUCUUUAUCCAAAAACACAAUAUACUUGUAAAUACUUUUUAAUCCGCAAUAUUAGUGGUAAAUUUUAAAAAAUAGACAAUAUUUGUGUCAUUGUACCACAGUAUCCGGACUAUAUUGUAUAUUGUACCUUAAGUUGCUGAAUAAACACACUUUAUUGAACACGCGGCAAAAUGUAAGCGGCUAGACGAGAUACCUCGAAAGACUGAAAAUAUCAUUAGGCGGGCAACGGACGAAUCAACGGAUAAUUCCUUUAGGAUUUCUCCUUCUCUGCUAGCUCCACCCACCUGAGAAAUCACCAGAUAAGCCGGCGGCGGUGGAGAUUGGAAUCACCUCAGCGAAUCUUCACCAGUCUGAAGACAGCUCCUAAUUUUGAGAAAUUUGUAUGGAGAGCUAGGGUUUCGAUUCGGCUAAUUGAAAAGGAGUCCUGUUCUCUUCUUUCGCAGACACAGAAAUGAGCACUUCAGUGAUUCUCCGCGGUGAUUGUAGUCCAUUGCUGCUCUACUCGCCGGCGAUUUGCAGCUCUUGUUUUUGCGACCUUCGCUCCCCGCCAUCCUCCGCAACAUUCGUCGCUUCUUGCCGCCGGCUGAAACGGUAUCGGUCGAGAGAUUUGAAGCUUUGCCUGGCUCCAAAGCUCUAUGAGACAAGAAGGAUAGUUUGUAGAGCGACGGAGACGCAGAUUGAACCUGAGAACAAUGACGAUAAGGAAAAUGAUGCACCUGCAGGAAGCGAGGGAGAGGAAUCGGAAGUCGAUUCACCGGCUGAACAAGUUCCCCAGCCUGAUUCUCAGCCUAUAAUGAUGAAUCAAAUCAACAAUGUCAAUGGGGAAGCCAAAGCUGAAGGUGGAACCGUGGAGGUUGAGGAUGUCCAAGUUACUUCAGGUUCCCCUCUACCAGGCUUGAAGCUAGACGAGUCAUUCAGGAUUCCAAAGGAAACGGUUGACAUACUUAAGGAUCAAGUGUUUGGGUUUGACACUUUCUUUGUCACAAGUCAGGAGCCCUAUGAGGGCGGAGUCUUGUUUAAAGGAAACCUGCGUGGGCAAGCUGCUAAAAGCUGGGAUAAGUUAACAAAAAGACUGCACACCAAAUUUGGCAAUGAGUAUAAACUUUUCCUUCUCAUUAAUCCAGAGGAUGAUAAACCAAUUGCAGUAGUAGUUCCAAGAAAGACACUGCAACCAGAGACAACAGCGGUACCUGAAUGGUUUGCAGCAGGGGCUUUUGGACUAGUCACAGUUUUUACUCUGCUUCUUAGAAAUGUACCUCAACUGCAGUCCAACGUACUAUCAACUGUUGACAAUCCCGAGUUAUUGUACAAUGGCCUUCCUGGAGCCCUUGUCACUGCACUUAUUCUCGGGGUACAUGAGUUGGCCCACAUAAUCGUUGCUAAAGACGCUGGGAUUAUGCUUGGGGUUCCAUAUUUUGUCCCAAGUUGGCAGAUAGGUUCCUUUGGUGCUAUCACAAGGAUAAGGAACAUUGUCUCCAAACGCCAAGAUCUUCUCAAGGUUGCAGCUGCAGGCCCUUUAGCAGGCUUCUCCUUGGGUUUUGUCCUUCUUCUUCUCGGAUUCUUCUUACCGCCCAGCGAUGGAAUCGGUACCAUUGUGGACCCUACUGUUUUUCACGAAUCAUUUCUUGUUGGCGGCCUUGCUAAACUGCUCCUAGGAGAUGCACUGAAGGAGGGUAGUCCGAUAUCAAUCAAUCCCCUAGUGAUAUGGGCAUGGGCUGGACUUCUAAUAAAUGCCAUCAACAGCAUCCCUGCAGGAGAGCUUGAUGGAGGAAGAAUAUCUUUUGCCAUAUGGGGAAGGAAGACCUCGUCUCGCUUCACAGCUGCCUCGAUCAUCCUUCUCGGGUUAUCUUCACUGUUUAACGACAUUGCCUUCUUCUGGGUCGUUUUGAUAUUCUUCUUGCAGAGAGGUCCAAUCGCCCCAAUCUCGGAAGAGAUCACCGAUCCUGACGACAAAUACAUUUACCUCGGCGUGUUAGUUCUGGUGCUGGGGCUGUUGGUAUGCCUGCCAUACCCAAUCCCUUUUAGAGAAGAAGCCAUGACUAGUUUCUUGUGAGGUGGGUAGUGGCAUUGUUAGUCUGUUACUCAAACCCCCCCAAAGGUACAUUGGAUCUCUCUUACUGCCGUCGUCUACAAGGAUCGAAGUUGUGUAAUCCGAGAACAAUUUUUUUUUUUGUGUCAAAGAUAUUCCGAAUCGAAAUGAUAGAUAUCUAAAUAGUUAUAAUCGACAGGGACUAGAGCCAAGGGAACACGAUGCAGAGGUGCCAUUCCUCUUUCAUACGUACAGUCAUCUUCUAAUCCUGACAUGGUCAGGUGUCAAAGAUGUAUUUAGUAGUCAAUUACUGGUUUCAACCGCUGCAGCGGCGAGCGCGUAUACGCAUAGAGGCGGCCCCGGCUGCCGGCUGGAGAAGACAACGAGGGCGACCAACGUCAGCAUCACAAAGCAGAUACACAGAGAGCUCAUAGGCUUUCUUCAGCAGCCAAAUAUUCUUGCGCUUGCAUAAUGUCUAAUUGGCGAUUCGUCGUCUUCUUGGUCCUCUUUGCCGCUGUUUGCUUUGCUCUGUUGAUCUCUUCUUGAUAUUCUCCUGUGGUGACUGAGAACUUGCUCGAACAUCUGAUGCGAUCCUGUAACUUGGCACCUCUUUUUGUCGUGAAAUGAAAAUGUUACUGCAGGGAAAGGGGUUAAUUGCAUGGUUGGUCAUUGAGAUUACAAAAAACGUUCAUGUUUGGUCACUGAAAAUAUUUAAAUCCAAUCUUGGUCACUCAAAUUAGUUAAAUGGUUCAAGUUUGGUCACUAUCCAGCCAACUCCGUUAAAUUUGUAUGAUGUGGCAGUCAACCCUCAAAGUUGACCGUUAACACGGUGACGUGGCAAUUAAAAAAUAAAAAAUAAAAUAAAUUUUAAUCUUCUACCAUUUCCGACUCAUUUUCACAAUAACGUAAAAUAAAUAAAACAAAAAAUUAUUAUAGUUACAAAUUGAAAGGGUAGCUUCCUCCUCCGCCACCACAUCCCUUCUCCACAACUAAACCAUCUCCCAAUUCCCAUCCCUAACUCCGUCCCUGCCGCUCCCCGAUCAUAAUCACCUACACUGUCGCGAGCAAUCGAAGGGUAUACUUCAUCCUCGUCAGACGAAUUCCUCCCAGCGAACCAAGACCCUUCUUGUCUCCUCUUCUCUCGACCUUUCCCCUUGUCUUCUUCAACUGUUUGAGUCAAACAUAUAUACUUCACCCUCAUCUUCUCCCAUCACCUCCUUUGACCUAUGGAACGAAUUACAGGCGAAAUUGCUAAACGAAGCAGCGUAAUUGAUGGAACCAAUUGCAGAACCAAAUGGUAGUGGAAAAUGAGGGCAUUGGAUUAUGACGGCUGCGAACCCUCCAAAUCUCGUUUCCCUCGACCAAAUCCCUCGUUCAGUCAGAGGAAUCUGGACCUCGCGGCAUGGAACAUGACUUCUUCGUCCAAAAACUUCUCGUCCUUACCUCUGUGUAAUAAAAAAACAGUUGUCGCUGCUUGGAUCCUAUGACAACGGUCACAGAAGCGGCUGGAGGUCGUAUCUAUUCCCAUAUCCCUUCAUCUUGACGAAAUAGUGGGUCACAGCGAGCGAGGGAUGUUGAGCCCUGAUUUUGUAUAUGGAAGGUUCGAUGUAGAUCCUGGAACGACGACAUAACAGGGGAUGAUGUUGUUUCGGUCGAUUAUUUGAUGGCCAGUAGUCACCGUAGCUUCGAGAUCUCACCUGCGCUGUCGCGAGCAAUCGAAGGGUCGGUGCAGUAGGCGGAAAGCGGGCAGGGACAGCGGCAGGGGCGGAGCUAGGAUGAGGAAUUGGAAGUUGAUUUGGUUGCGGGGAAGGGAUGUGGUGGAGGAGGAGAAAGCUACUCUUUCAAUUUGUGACUAUAAUAUAUUUUUUUAUUUUACUUUAUUGUGAAUAUGAGUUUGAAAUGGUAGAAGAUUAAAAUUUAUUUUAUUUA